AUGAUUAAAGAUCAAACUCUUGAAUAUCUUGCUAAAGCACUAAACAGUAAGGAUAAGCAAACAUGUAUUUUAUCAGCGAAAUCAUUGUAUUUAGCUUCAAAAACUCAUGAAUUUGGAUAUGAUGUUUUAAUUGAACUAAAAGAACAUACAGAGAAUAAAAUACAUGAUGUUGCCGUCUAUUCAUCUGUUGCAUAUACUCAAGUUCUAGCGAAAUUGUCAUCAACCGAAAAACCUAUUAUGAAAAGUCAUAUUGAAUUUUUACCAAGAAUUUAUGUAUUUGAAGAUUUACAGUUAGAUGAAGAAAGUUUUGCUGAUGUAGUCAAUAAGAAUAUUUUAUAUAUUUUGCGUAACGAAUCUAAAUACAAUAUAUUUGACGAUCAUAUAUUCAUAAUAUUUAAUCAUAUUUUAUUGUUUGAAAGCUGUAAUCAAGCUCUAGCAAUCGAAAUACUUUAUAAUUAUUCAGCUAAUAAAUAUUCUAUUCCACAAGAUACAAUUUUUGCAUUAGGCAAUGCAAUUAGUAUGCCGGAAAUUUCUUAUCAAGCUUUAAGAGUAUUGAGUAACGUAAUUAGAAAUCGACAAAUUGUUAGUGAAAAAUUUCUGCUUUUUCUUGCUGAUAAUCUUUCCUCAUCACACGAUAGUCAAUUAGGAGACGAAUUAUUUGAACUAUUGGAUAUAGCUAAUGAUAAUCAAGAUAUGUCCGAUGAAAUUUUUUAUAUAUUAGAAUUAGAAAGAGCCAUUAUCACCAUUUAUUCUUUUCCAUCAGACAGUAAUGAUGCUAUUUCUUACGUAUAA